UACUGCUAAUUUUCUGACUAGCAUAUCAACAUACGCCACCUAUAGUAUGUUGGAAGUAUUUAAUGACAAUAUAAUUUAACUCUAUCAAAAAUACACUACCCAUGUUUUUUUUAUUUUUUAUUUUUUUUUUAUGUUGUACGCAUUUACCGAUAAGGUCGCAGUAAUAAACUUAACAAAACAGCACAAACUAGUUUGCAGUGUUGUUUUAUGAAGAACGUGGUCGUUUUGUAGGACGAACCGGUCUCCGCCUGUAUAAAAAUGCCGGCUGUAGUCAGCUGCUUUUCCGCUUGCUGUGAGUCUGUCGCCCGUCAUGUCGUCGGCAGACAUGAAAAAAGUGCUGGAGCUGAAACUUCAGCUGAAAGAAAGCACCGAAGGACACGCGGUAUUGUUUUGCUCACCACAAACAGGAGACAUGAAACUUUUCUAGCACCGUGGCGCUCAAAACACGACUGGAAUAGAUUUUGGACAGCUUUUGUCUGGAGCAUGCAAACACCGCGUGUUAGGGUUUCUAGUGUGGCUGAAGGAAGAUGUGCAAAUAGAUACAGAUAUUUAAUAUACAGGCAGAUAUAGAACAGGCUGCCAUAUGACAGAGAGGAAUACAGGGUUGCUGAGUUUGUACAGCUAUGCUCUAGGUUCCACAUGUGUAUAAAUGCUUGUGAAGACCUUGAAGAAGCUUCAAGAACUAGACAUAACCCUUGAAAUUCUUGCUGAGACUGGAAUUGGUAAAGUGGUGAACUCUUUUCGCAAACAUGACGAUGCAGGGGAAGUGGCCAAGACAUUAGUGCAUCGAUGGAAAAAACUGGUUCAGAAUCCAAGUAUUACACAGCAACUUCCUCCCUCACCAAAGGACCCAUCGAAGACCGAAAUUCAACAAACGGACCAAGAAGGAAGGAGUCGGGCUUCACAGAAUACAGUUUGUUCUGAAAGGAAGCCUAAGAAUGAAAAGUCAGGCUCUGAACACAAACCUUCAAAGAAUGUUGAUGGUAAAAAUAAAGUGAAGCCAAUUGCAAACAAAUUGAAAGAUUGCAUAAACAACAAGAAAGAUGGUGCAAAGAAAGAGUCCAAUGUGGGCCUCGUAUCACAGAUUUCAAUCAUGGAUGGAAAAUUAUUCCAGCCAAAGGAGAAAUCAACCAGCAAUGCGCAUACAGAGCGAAAGGAUGAAGGCAAGCAUAAAGUUUCUGAUGUAACAAAUAAACACCGGCCUAAAAUGUCCACAAAAGGCAAACGUACCACUUUGAAGGAACGUGAUUUGAGUGAGGAAAAAAGGGGGAAAAAAGAUGAGAAAACUAAAGAAAAAGCAGUUGAGAUGGACAAGAACCUUGAGAGCGAUGACUUCGAAACACCAUCCAUGUCUUUUGAGGAAUACUUGAGAUAUGAUCUUGAAGCUCCGAAAAGGAAGAAGAGAUUAUGUGAAAGUAAGAACCUGAAACGCAUUAAGGUUGACCGAAAACAGGAUGUCAAAGUGCGUGACUCCAGCACAAAGUCCGGAAAAUCCAUAACAGAAGCCUCAGCGACAGUGGUCUCAAAGAGAAGUGUGAUGGACUUGCUCAAUGUGCCGUUACCCAUAAUCUCUCCUGAGUGUGAGGAUCCUUCUCAAUAUCAGUACUUUACAGAAAAGAAAGUUGAAGAAAAGGCAGCCGAGGUCCGUGAAGAAGCCCCAGUGUUUACUGGUCAGCGGCUGAAUAAGAAGAUGCAGGUGUAUUCUGGGGCUAAGGUUGUGUAUCUUCCCUCCAUGAUGACCUUGUACCAGCAAUGCAUCAGAACACUGCAGAACAACAUCGAUUCACUUUAUGAAAUUGGAGGCGUCCCAUUUGAGAUUUUGGAGCCGGUGCUGGAAAGGUGUACACCGGAGCAGCUGCUGCGGAUUGAAGAAUGCAAUCCUGUGUACAUAGGUGUGACUGAUCAUCUGUGGGAGAGGCACUGCCUCAGGGACUUUAGGAAUGCCCAGCUGGAGGACUACGAGUCUUGGAAGGAGAUGUACCUCAGACUGUUUGAACAACGAGAACGCAAAUUACAAGAGCUCACCAAGAGUAUUGUCUCUGCCCAAUCUGGGAAGCCCAAAGGAAGGCAGGUGAAGAUGGCAUUUAUUCAUUCAGCUGCCAAGCCGCCUAGAAACGUGCGUAUCCAGCAGGAACUCCAUGGCACAGCAGGCCCCGUGGUCCCUCAUGCCGCAGAAAAACUCAGUGGAAGAAUUACCGAGAAUAGAAGUAAACCAGGCUUCACUGAGCCUCCUAAGCCUUUUAACACUGCAUCAGGAGCCAGCCAGCCUCAAGAUCCACGAAGGAUCAGACGAGUGGCACCAAUGAUGGCCAAGUCUCUGAAAGCCUUUAAAAAGCUUGGACGCAGAUGAAGGAAGAAGGUGAUGAAAUGUAUGGAUUAUGUAUAAAUACUUUACUUUAAUGUUGUCAUGAUGCUGCCCCUCCCCCCCUCCCCCCCCUUUAGUUUUUUCUUUCUUUCUUUCUUUUUUUUUUUUAACCUACUUCUAAGUACAUGUUUCUAUAUGGAAGGACAAUUAUGCACUUUCAAUCUGCAUUAAAACACUACUGAUUGUGCUGUUAUGAAAUGCAAUGGCUGAAUAAAUGAAAUGACUAAACUAAGUGUUUGUACAUGUUUCAGAGUAUAUACAUAUAAAAUCUUCUUGUUGAACAGUGGACUGUGACUAUGGCCUACAGUGCUUGGUGCUAAAAGCUUUGUCUCCAUCUAGUGGCUUGUAAAUAGUGCUUGUGUUCCUAAUUCUGUCAACCUAACUGUAAAGGAAAUAUGAAGAUGGGUGACUGAAAACCUGUAAGAUUUGGUAAAACCUGGAGUCAUACUAAACCAACGAGAAAAAGAAUUUAGCUUUUUUUUUUUGGUAAUUACAUUAUAAAGCCAAUGCAUUAUAAAGAAAUAUACAGUGUGUAAGUUAUAAUUCAUAUGAUGAAUGUGAAAUUUCCUAAGCAUCAAAAACAAACCAGUAAUAUAAAUGUAUC